UCGUGCGCGCCCCCUGGUCGUGCGGAAUGGUGAUGCUGAGAAGGAAGAUGGCGGCGGACUGGAGCUUGGGAAUCCGCUGCAGGCAUUGAGAGAGACCGGGAUAGAUGAAAAGAGAUCCAGGCACAGGCCAACCCCGAAGAAGUCGGGAGUGAAAAACAGGAAUAUAGCUGCUCACAGAGCUCGGGCCGACAUAACAAGACAAGAAACCCCCCCCGCCGCUGAGUCAGAAUCCAGAAUAACAACGUAGAAAACGGCGGUGAAUCGCUGUUGCGGCCCCAGGCCGGCUGAACAAGAGGCGGGGAAAGGAGUGGCUGUGACGUGGCGUGAUAUGGCCAGCUCGUCUGACAGUGAGGAUGACAGCUUCAUUGCCAUGGACACAGAGGAGGCUGUAGAAGGCUCAAUGGAUCAGGACGAGGAGCCACAGCAGCAACAGCAGCGUCCCCUUGAGGUUGAGCAGCGUCACCACCGCACCAUGGGCGAGCUACCCGAAGAGGUUCUCGAGUACAUCCUGUCCUUCCUGUCCCCCUACCAGGAGCACAAGACCGCAGCGCUCGUCUGCAAGCAGUGGUACCGGCUCAUCAAAGGCGUGGCCCACCAGUGUUAUCAUGGGUUCAUCAAGGCAGUUCAGGAGGGCAAUAUCCAAUGGGAGAGCCGUACCUACCCCUACCCAGGGACCCCCAUCACCCAGCGCUUCUCUCACAGUGCUUGCUAUUACGAUUCCCAUCAGUCCAUGUAUGUGUUUGGGGGGUGCACGCAAAGCAGCUGCAACGCAGCCUUCAAUGACCUCUGGAGACUAGACUUGAACAGCAAGGAGUGGAUCCGCCCUCUGGCAUCAGGCUCGUACCCAUCUCCAAAGGCUGGUGCCACGCUGGUUGUGUACCGGGACUUGCUGGUGCUGUUUGGCGGCUGGACUCGGCCCAGUCCCUACCCUCUGCACCAGCCCGAACGCUUCUUUGAUGAAAUCCACACGUACUCCCCGUCUAAGAACUGGUGGAACUGCAUUGUCACCACACAAGGACCCCCUCCAAUGGCUGGCCACUCCUCUUCCGUCAUCGGGGACAGAAUGAUCGUUUUUGGGGGGUCACUGGGCUCACGGCAGAUGAGCAACGAGGUUUGGGUUCUAGAUCUGGAGCAGUGGUCCUGGUCCAAACCCAACAUCGCCGGCCCGACGCCACACCCACGGGGCGGACAGUCCCAGAUUGUUAUUGAUGAGGAGACCCUGCUGAUCCUGGGGGGCUGCGGAGGUCCAAAUGCACUCCUGAAGGAUGCCUGGCUGCUCCGCAUGCACGCAAACCCGUGGGCCUGGCAGCAGCUCAAGGUGGAGAACGAGGAGCAUGGCGCCCCUGAGCUGUGGUGCCACCCAGCCUGCAGAGUGGGUCAGUGUGUGGUGGUAUUCAGUCAGGCUCCCAGUGGCCGAGCUCCCCUCAGCCCCAGCAUGAACUCUCGUCCGUCCCCGAUCAGUGCCACGCCUCCUUCUCUGAUGCCCGAGCAGCGGGAGUACCGCUCACACUCACCAGUGAAGGGCGGCGAUGAGGUGCCCUGUGUGAACGGGCGCUGGGGCACACUGCGGUCCCGGGCUCAGAGACACGGUGGGGCCAGGGAGGGCAGCCUGUCCCCAUCCCGGGGGGGUGCGGCAGGAGGCUCGGACAGCCCUCCCAUCCUGAACGGGGGCUCAUCGGCAGGCGAGAGCCCGGGACAGGCAAGCUCGCCGGGCACACCCUCCGGAGCCGAGGGCUACGACUUCCGGACCAGACCUACUCCUGAAACCCAAGACCUGAGGCCAGCCGACUACAGCUGGGACCCCAAAGCGGGCAACCCAGACUCCCCUGAGGCCAAAACCACCACAGCCUCGGGACGAGACCCCACCCCAGAGCAGAUCAACGGCAUCCACACGCCUCCGAGUCUGGCCACAACACCCCAGGGGGCUGUAUCGCCUGGAGCUCUGAGGCGAGGGUUAGAGGCUGUCAAAGGGCUUUCCUCUCAGGCUCCUCCUCCUCCUGCCGUUCCCCUUGCGGCUUCAGGCUCUAGCCCCCCCUCUGCAGCCGCCGCCGCCGCCCCCAGCCCCGCACAGGCUGACGGACAUUCCAUCCCUCCAAUCGCCCGCAGGCUGGGCCACCACCCGCCCCAGUCACUCAACGUGGGCAAGCCGCUCUACCAGAGCAUGAACUGCAAGCCCAUGCAGAUGUACGUGCUGGAUGUGUCAAGGGUGAAGGAGCGGGGCCAGGUCAGCUGGAAAGUGUUUGGGGGGGGCUCUGUAGUGGGACCCCCCGAGACCAGCCUGCACACCGUCGUGCAGGGCAGAGGUGAGCUCAUCAUCUUCGGAGGGCUUAUGGACAAGAAGCAGAAUGUCAAGUACUACCCCAAAACCAACGCCUUGUAUUUCGUCCGCGCCAAGAGAUAAUGCCAGAGUGGGGAAGCCACAGAAACAACAAACUUCUCUGCAGAGGAUUAUCUGGUUAAACCCUGCCUUCCCCCUUUUGACUGAUUCCUCCCUCUCUUUUCAGAGGGAGGGGCAGACUCUAGGACCCCAGGGGGGGCAUAGCAAAGUUUUUUUUUUUUUAAUGAACACUUUCACAGUUGAUUGUUUACAAAGAGGGUCUGUUUCAUCUGAGUUGGCCGAGGGUGGAAAGGGCAGUGUGUUUGAAAAAUAAAAGGUAAAACAGGGGGGGGGGGGGCCUUGCAAUGUAACUGGCAUUCUGCUCUGUAUAGUUUCCACUUUCCUGGCGUAGCUGCCUUGUAUCUCAGCUGCUAAUAUGACCAACAAUGAAAAGCAACCCCUCCCUGACUCCCUACCCCACCCACUCCUCCGCUCAAGCUGCACUUAAAGCUGUUUAGUAUAAGUUAGGGUGGUGUGCUGGCUCUGAAUUGAAUGAUACAGGCUCGAGGUUCAAGAGGGUACAAGGAAUCCUGUUUUUGGGUACAAACCACAGCACACACAGACAGGUUCCAAUAGCUGAGUGUUUAGAGCACUGGGCUGCAGUGUGGAUAUGGGUUCCGUUUGUUCAGUGUUUAACAUAGUGUAUUUGAGGAGUAGAGUCCUAGGGGUGCAGUGUGGAAGGAGUGAGACUGGAGUAGCUUGGCGAUUAAGGUGUUGCUGUACUUCACAGAUGUACCUGGGAGAUGAGUGUCGGCACUUCAAAAUUACCCACAGUCCUUUUUAAAGGUCUGAUUUAUAUAAUUUUAAACAAAGUUCUUUUUCUAUUGAGGGCCUUGCACAAAACAGUAAGCCGCAGCAAUGUGGUGUUUGUGAUCCUGUUGAAUACAUAGGCAGUGGGUAUGUACAUCCCAACUAUGUGAUCUUAUCAGAAUAAGACAAUAAAACAAACAACCUUGCCCUUUUCAAUUUCAUGAUUGCUUGUUAACCUUUUAUCGUCUGAGCCAAGAUAGAAGGAACACAUCCUGUCCAUUUCCAGAUAUUUUUUUUAAUUUUAAUUUGAACAACCAUUAUGUUUGUAGACACAAUUAUGAAAAACACUUAUGUCCCCAUAAGGGAAAUUCUAAUAUUUUUUUUGCUUUUACAGCAGGAUAUGUAUACAAAAUAAAUGCUGUUUGAAAAUUA